CUUAAUUACCUCAUGUCUCGCCAUACCCCUCACUGGGCUGAACAAUACAUUGACUUUGCACUCUGGUUGGCUGGUUCACCAUUUACUGUGGGGGUAGCUGAUGAGGAACCUUGCUAUCCCCCAGUAUCUGCCAAACCUAGUAAUUUUUCUGUCAUGUCAGGAAUCAUUCAAAUCACAUCAGAGCCCUUUCAUGUCAUGCCUGCCAAGCCAGAGCCUGUUCACGUCACGUCUGCCAAACCACAGCCUGCACUCGUCAAGUCUACUAAGCCAGAGCCCUCUCAUGCCAUGCCUGCCAAGCCAAAGCCUGCUCAAGUAAUGUCCACCAAGCCACAGCCUGCUCACGCCAUGCCUGCCGCUCCAGGACCUGCUCACGCCAUGCCUGCCGCUCCAGGGCCUGCUCACGCCAUGCCUGCCAACCCCAAGCCAGUCCACAAGAUGGCCGCUGUCCCAGAGCCAGUCCACAAGAUGGCCGCCGUCCCAGAGCCAGUCCACAAGAUGGCCACCAUCCCCAAGUCUGUUCACAAGAUGGCCGCCCCGUCUGAGUCCCCGGCCAAGAUGGCUGCCACACUCGGGCCUCAUCAGUCCAAAAUCAUCUCAUCUGAAUUUCAUCUCAUGUCUGCCACACACAAAGCAAAUCAAGUGAUGAUUGAUCCUCAGGUGUCAAGUCAGGGCUGUUCUCCAUGAGUCAAGCCAAGUCACAGCUGUUCUCCAUGAGUCAAGCCAAGUCACAGCUGUUCCCCAUGAGUCAAGCCAAGUCACAGCUGUUCACCAUGAGUCAAGUCAAGUUACAGCUGUUGUUCCUGAGUCAAGUCACGUUACAGCUGUUGUUCCCGAGUCAAGUCAAAUCACAGCUGAUCUUCCUGAGCCAAGUCAAGUCACAGCUGGUCUUCAGGAGCCAGGUCAAGACACAGCUGUUCUUCAUGAGUCAAGUCACAGCAGACCUCCCUGAGUCAAGUCAAGUCACGGCAGACCUUCCUGAAUCAAGUCAAGACCUAACGGAGCCUCUUUAUGACAUGGCUGCUAGUAUGGAGCCUCGCCAAGCCACGGCCGUCAUGCCAGAACCUUGCCAGGUCCCGUCUGACCUCCAAGGGCCUCAUCACAUCUCAGCUGAUCUCCAAGAGCCUCGUCACGUCUCAGCUGACCUCCUAGAGCCUAGUCACAUCUCAGCUGCCCCCCCAGAGCCUCGUCACGUAACAGCUGACCCCCCAGAGCCUCGUCAUGUAUCAGCUGACCCCCCCAGAGCCUUGUCACGUAUCAGCUGACAUCUCAAAGUCUUGCCAGGUCUUGUCUCAGCUCCCAAGCCACGCAGAGCCCACACUCCCAAACCACAUGCCCACAGCGUCCACACCCUCAAGACCGGCAGGCAUCCCACUAUCUACUGUGCUGCCUGUAAUGGCUGUUGCCAUUUUGAGCGUGUGGGCUACACGCUGUGCUCCAGAGGCCUCGUCUGUCCACGAGUCUGCUCCAGAGGCCUCGUCUGUCCACGAGUCUGCUCCAGAGGCCUUGUCUGUCCAAGAAUUUGCGCCAAUACCUCCUGAGGUGUCAGCAUGCUCUGUAGAACCUCCUAAGGAGGUGGCGUCCACCCAUGAACUCACUGCCACAUCUGUCCAAGAAUUUGCGCCUAUGCCUCCAGAGGUGUCAGCUCAUGCAGUAGAACCUCCAAAGGAGGCGGCAUCCACCCAUGAACUCACUGCCACGUCUAACCACGAGUCUGCGCCAAUGCCCCCGGAGGUGGCGUCUCCGGCUGCAGAACCUCCUAUGGGGCCGGCGUCCUCCUAUAAACUCUCUGCCCGCCAUGUCACAGUCAAGGAGACCUAUCAUGAACUCUCCGCCCAUCAUGUCACGGCCAAGGAGGCCAAACAUGAAUUCUCUGCCUGUCAUGUCACGGCCAAGGAGGCCAAUCAUGAGCCCGAUGCGCUGCUAUGGAUGUCAUUAGUUCCACUGUGGAUAUCUUUGCUCCUGUCUGCUCUGCUUGCUCUGUCUGCCCCGCAAUGGCUCCCUGUUAUGCCUGCUCUGCCUGCCUCGCCAUGACUCCCAGUUCUGCCUGCUCUGCCUGCCUCGCCAUGGCUCCCUGCUCUACCUGCUCUGCCUGCCCCGCCAUGGCUUCCUGCUCUGCCUGCCCCGCCAUGGCUUCCUGCUCUGCCUGCUCUACCUACCCCGCCAUGGCUGCCUGUUCUCCCUGCUCCACCAUGGCUCCAGGCUCCUCUGAAUCAAACAUGGUGGACUUCUGUUUCAGUGUUCCACUGUCUGCCAUUGCUCCACGGCCCAGGUCCUCCAAGGUUUCACUGUCUACCACUGUCCCACGGCCCAGGUCCUCCAGGGUUCCACUGUCUGCCACAGCUCCACGGCCCUGGUCCUCCAAGGUUCCACUGUCUGCCACAGCUCCACAGUCCAGGUCCUUCAGGGUUCCACUGUCUGCCACUGAUCCAUGGUCCAGGUCCUCCAGUGCUUCACUGUCUGCCACUGCUCCAUGGCCCAGGUCCUCCAGUGCUUCACUGUCUGUCCCUGCUCCACGAUC